UCUGGCAGAAAGAGGGAACAAAACGGGCUCCUCGCAACCGGGAUCCGGAGUACGAGACUCCCUGUUCUCUUCGGGUGCAAAAGAAAAGCGGAAAGGCAGGGGUGGAUCCCCGCCCCCCCUCUCUCUUUCCCCUCCCUCCGUGCGGAUGAUUAACCGGAAGUAGCUGCUGCGAGAGCCCAGCGGCGACCGGAACCUCGUCUGUGGCGAAGCUACACGGCGGCGGCGGUUGGGCCGGCUCGGGGUCAGGCUUGCUGAGCCAUGGCGGGCACGGCGCUCAAGCGGCUCAUGGCCGAGUAUAAACAACUAACUCUGAAUCCACCAGAAGGCAUAGUAGCUGGCCCUAUGAAUGAAGAGAAUUUCUUUGAAUGGGAAGCAUUGAUAAUGGGCCCAGAAGACACUUGCUUUGAGUAUGGAGUUUUCCCUGCUAUUCUCAGUUUUCCUCUUGAUUAUCCUUUAAGUCCGCCAAAGAUGAGGUUCACAUGUGAGAUGUUUCAUCCCAACAUUUAUCCAGAUGGAAGAGUUUGUAUUUCUAUUCUUCAUGCUCCUGGUGAUGAUCCAAUGGGCUAUGAGAGUAGUGCUGAACGGUGGAGCCCAGUACAAAGUGUGGAGAAGAUCCUUUUGUCUGUGGUCAGCAUGCUGGCAGAACCAAAUGAUGAAAGUGGAGCCAACGUGGAUGCUUCCAAAAUGUGGCGGGAAGACAGAGAACAGUUUAACAAAAUAGCCAAGCAGAUCGUUCAGAAGUCACUUGGUCUUUAAAAAACAAAGCAGACUGAAACAUGUGACAAUCAGAGUAUUGAACUUUUCUCAGAUAAACAGAGGGUGGUAUGCCAUGGUGGUAUCAAAAGGCAAAUCUGCAAAAUAUUUACUGGGUGUUUCCCCUCCUCAUUUUUGUUUCUUCCUUGGGAAAAGGAACCUCUCCCUGCCCAAGACUUGUUAGUGGAUUUAGUUAUUGUAGGAAGACUGCAUAGUGCUGCAAUUACUUUCCAGUUGUGGAAGCUUCAAAAGAUUGUGUGUAUCUCUUUAUAUUCAAAUUGUUUUCUAUUCAAUUUCAUUUCCAUAUUGUCUACUUGUUGGUAAUGGGUUGAAAAUUAGCAUCAUCUUAUAAUUUCUCAGAAGCACAAAGGAACAUUAAUACUACGGGAAUCGAUUUCCUGGAAAUGGAAAACUGGUCUUUUAAGAAUAUCUUAUGUGACUUAAGAUAAAAAGAAAUUGUUGCUUCCUAAAUACUGCAGAACAGCAUCCUCAGAGUUAAAUGAGAGCCUAGUUAAACUUUUGGACAAGAUUAUUUUAUAUGUAAAUUACUUGCUAAUUCUAUUGGAAGUAAAUCCAAUAGAAAGUGAUCAGUGUAAUCAUGAUCUUGCUUUCAGGUACAGUGUUCUGUGGGCCUGAAUGAAUAACCUUAAUUGUGACAGCUUUUGGGUGCCAUCAAGCACAACCAAGUGCGUCUUGAGACAUUUUGUUGAAUUUGUUACAGUCCCAUUAAUGUUAAUGUCUGACUAAUCAUUCCUAAAAUUCCUUGAACAAGUAUCUCUGUCUAUAGUGGAUGCUGGAAAUAACAUGUCGUCUGAACAGUAUUGCAAAAAAACUAUCUCUACCAAGUUGUUUCUCUCUCCUGACUUGAAGUGUUCAUAACUAGUAUAAAGAGUUUAUCUUCUGAUGAUACUCCUAAAGGAACAGAAUCCAGUAUGAACACUGUGGAUUAGCAGGAGUUGGUGGUUCUCAGCUUCAUUUACUCUUGUAUUCUUCAAAGGGUGCUGUGGGAAGAAGACUCUGUCUUGGUGGCAGUAUAAAUAUACAGAUAUAGUGCUGUACUAGGAAUGAACUAUUUCAUUCUUUUAUAGUUGAUAGUGCAAAAACCGACCCUUAAAGACAUGUCCUUGAUGUGUAUUUCGUGGUUUGUAAUGGACCAGUUGACAUCCACCCUCUGUUAUGUAUAUCUGCUUAAGAAGUACAUCUAUCUAAUGGCUACUUUGGACUGUCAUCUUUAAGGUUACAUUGCAAGAAAAUUCAUUAACAUAUCUUGUGUAAGCCUGCCUUAAACUGUUUAUGUUUGAAUCAAAAUUUCAAUGAAAGGAUUAGGUCAAUAAAAUAUAUUUGCAUCAUCUCUAUUCCCAUGGAAAUCCACUGUUCCCAGUGGAAUCCAUCCAUUAAACUUCUGAGUGAAAAACAAAGGGCCACUUGAGAUGUUAAUGUAUCAUGACUUGCCAUGUGGGGGGGCGGGAGUGCAUGGAAUCUAGUUGUUUGAAAGUACAUCCCCAUGAGAGUGAUUUUCAGGUACAGAAGUGCCACUGAAAUAAUCUCUGAGUCACAUUUAGACCUUUUCCCAUAGUGCAAUUUAGAAAGGGAUAGAGAGUGGGAUGUUCUUUGGGGUAUCUGUGGGGUGGAUAAGGAGGGGAGUAGUAGUGUUUGUCCAAAAUGUCAUUGACAGAUGUUCUUGCUUUUCUCUGUGCACAGGUGCUUGUUCAUUUUACAAGAUGCAUUGUAGCCUGAAGAGUCAAAUACGACAGCAGCAUUCAGAAAAGUGUGUAUUGAUUAAUGGUUAAAAGAUAUGUAGGAAAGCUGUCCUACUCUUAUACAGUAUUCAUGCAUAUUUAAAAAUGUGUUCUUUAUAAUCGACUCAAAUCUCUAAUGAAAAUAAAUGAAUAUUUUCUUUAAAGGUACAAGAUCACUUAUAUUUUUGUGGAAGAAUAGGUAUUAUUUAAGUAAAAAUAAAUACCACAUACCUGCUUCUCUUGAAGUAUCUGAACCAAUAUUCAUUUUCUCAAACUAAGGAAGACUAAGAGUUAUGAUGGAUUAAAAAAACCAGAUUAAGCGUUUUCCCUCUUUGUUUCAAAAUCAUCAGGAGUAGAAUAGGAUGGGGUAGAUAGUGUAUAUAGAGUAUACAGUGACAAACACAAAGGGCCUGAGAAAUCAACAUUUGCAAAACAAGUACCUGAUCCUACAACCUUCUAGCUCCACCAUUCUUCCUUUGGGGGGAAAAAAACUAGCAAACAGCACUGAACAUUGAUGAUUUUUGCAUUACAUCAUUUUAGUAUCCAUCCCCAAAUCAGUGGGAUUGGUGAGUCUUGGUAAAACCAUUCAUUGUAAACAGAUGCUACAGUUGCCAAUUACAAAAUGGUACCCUCUUCUCUCAACUAAUAAAGUGCUUUUCUUACAUGAACA